GAAGUAUCUUUUCUAAAAACUCCACCAUGCUCAUGAUUCGAACGUGUACCUCGAAGCUACUUGCUGGAACCUCAAGGCGGUCGAUCUCGGUACAGUCGUUAUUACAUGGUUCACCAGAAGCGAAGAAAGCAGGUGAAGCAGAAAUUUUACAGCACUCGAGGCUUGUCGGACGCGGAAAAUAUGUUCACGAGUUUGAAAUCCAUCGCGUGAAGCCAGACAAGAGAAAGGAAUACAAGGAGGCUGCAGAGAAGUACUACAUGGGAAUUGUGAAAGACGAGAGGAUGCAUGUCAAGUUGACAGGAAGUUGGCAAACUGAAGUCGGAGAUAGGGAUGCCUUCUUCCACAUACUCGAGUACGAGAACUAUGGCGGAUUCGACAAGACUACCGCGCUCGUUCGAGGGUCUGAGCAUAUGAAAUCAUAUGAAGCCAUGUUGCCUUACGUGAACUCACGCACCUCUCAACUGAAUCAAGAAUUCGCUUUCUUUCCCACUGCUCCUCCUCAUUCUCAAGGAGGUAUAUUCGAACUGAGAACUUACCAACUUGUACCAGGAACUUUGCUAGAUUGGGAGCACGCCUGGCGGAGGGGGAUUGAGGCACGUCGGAAGUACGUGACCCCCGUCGGAGCGUGGUUUUCGCAAGUUGGACGGCUACACGAGGUCCACCACCUGUGGCAGUAUUCGAGUUUGCAACACAGAAAAGAAAUUCGCGAGGCGGCAUGGCAAACGGAUGGCUGGGCUGAAACCGUGGACAAGACCGCGCAACUCGCGAAAACCAUGGACUCCUUCAUUCUUGCACCGCUCUCUUACAGCCCCCUGAAGUGAUCUACAUCCUAUGGAAAGGAACCAGGACUUGUAAACUAGAGAUGGGGCUUGUUAAAGAUGCCAGGACAGUUGGAUGGACAAUUUGUAGAAUUGGUGACUAAACUGAAAGAAACUUAUCCUCUCACGUCAAUCCAGUGAGGCAUUCAGUGUGCAUGCGAGCGUGUAUACUUACCCUAGUACCAUGACGACAAAUCCGAGCGGACUUUGAGAUUCUUUGCAAA